CUCGGGCCGGGCGCUCCGGCUCUCCCGCCGCUGCCGGCCCGCACCCAGCGCUGGGCGAGGUGGGGCUGCCCUGGUUGCCUGGCCGGGGGUCCCGGUGGGAGCGGGGGGUCCAUGCCAGCCGGAGCAGAGCUGACGGUAGGAGGUGACUCUUGUCCUCCCCGAGGUGACAUGGAGCAGCUGAAGUGACCCGAGGAGCCGUCGCAGCGGUGCCCAGGAUGGGCUGCGUGCCCUGCAAGGAGAAGGGGGCUGGCAAAGGGCAGGCAGGGGGCGAGGGGGGCUCCCUGCAGCCCCCCGCCUCCCAGUACGACCCCGACCCCACGCAGCCAGGGGCCAUCUUCACCCGCAUCCCCGACUUCAACAACUUCCAGGGGCCCGUGGUGCCGCUGGCCGCGUCCUUGGCGGAGCCGGGCGGCUUCACCUCGGGCGUGCUGCCAGCGCGGAGCGGGGGCAUCGCAGGCGGGGGGGUGACACUCUUCAUCGCCCUGUACGACUAUGAGGCCAGGACGGAGGAUGACCUGACGUUCCAGAAAGGGGAGAAAUUCCACAUCAUCAACAACACGGAGGGGGACUGGUGGGAGGCGAGGUCCCUGAGCUCGGGCGCCACGGGCUACAUCCCCAGCAACUACGUGGCCCCUGUGGACUCCAUCCAGGCAGAAGAGUGGUACUUUGGGAAGAUCGGGCGCAAAGACGCGGAGCGGCAGCUCCUGUGCCACGGCAACUCCAGAGGCACCUUCCUCAUUCGGGAGAGUGAGACGACAAAAGGUGCCUACUCCCUCUCCAUCCGGGACUGGGAUGAGGCCAAGGGAGACCACGUGAAGCACUAUAAGAUUCGGAAACUGGACAGCGGGGGGUACUACAUCACCACCCGAGCCCAGUUCAACACCGUCCAGCAGCUGGUCCAGCACUACAUAGAGCGGGCGGCAGGGCUGUGCUGCCGCCUGGCCGUGCCGUGCCACAAGGGAACCCCCAAAUUGGCCGACCUCUCAGUCAAAACCAAAGACGUGUGGGAGAUCCCCCGCGAGUCCCUCCAGCUCCUCAAGAAGCUGGGGAAUGGGCAGUUCGGGGAAGUCUGGAUGGGCACGUGGAAUGGCACCACCAAGGUGGCAGUGAAGACGCUGAAGCCCGGGACAAUGUCCCCCGAGGCCUUCCUGGAGGAGGCUCAGAUCAUGAAGCGGCUGCGGCACGACAAGCUGGUGCAGCUCUACGCCGUGGUGUCGGAGGAGCCCAUCUACAUCGUCACUGAGUUCAUGAGCCAGGGCAGCUUGUUGGAUUUCCUGAAGGAUGGGGACGGUCGCUACCUGAAGCUGCCCCAGCUGGUGGACAUGGCUGCCCAGAUCGCGGCGGGCAUGGCGUACAUUGAGCGGAUGAACUACAUCCACCGGGAUCUGCGCGCUGCCAACAUCCUGGUGGGAGACAACCUCGUGUGCAAGAUCGCCGACUUCGGCCUCGCCCGCCUCAUCGAGGACGAUGAGUACACGGCACGGCAGGGUGCCAAGUUCCCCAUCAAGUGGACGGCGCCGGAGGCUGCGCUUUUCGGCAGGUUCACCAUCAAGUCGGACGUCUGGUCCUUUGGCAUCCUCCUGACUGAGCUGGUGACCAAAGGCCGGGUGCCCUACCCAGGGAUGAACAACAGGGAGGUGCUGGAGCAGGUGGAGCGGGGGUACCGCAUGCAGUGUCCGGGGGGCUGCCCCCCCUCCCUGCACGAGGUGAUGGUGCAGUGCUGGAAGCGGGAGCCCGAGGAGCGCCCCACCUUCGAGUACCUCCAGUCCUUCCUCGAGGACUAUUUCACUGCCACCGAGCCCCAGUACCAGCCUGGGGACAACCAGUGACCCGGGGUUGGCACCCCCAGCAAGCUCUGGGCUGCCUUAGGGGUGAAUCUCCUUUUUUCUUCAGAGGUGGUUGCUUCCUUUGGCUGUGCCCCCCCCCGAAUGCCUUUUGGGGGGUGCUCAGGGAGGACACAGGGCUUUGCACAAGGAUGUUGGACUCAGAGAGGAGACAAAGCUGUGCACCCCAGCCCCCCCCUUCCCCCACUCCUUUACUGCCUUCACACCCAGCUUUGAACCUGAGAAGGGCUUUGGCUGCAGGGGGCACUGUGGGGACCCCCUGUGAGCCCCCCAGACACCCCCUGACCCACAGGAGCAGAGGGCUUGGGGGGAGCUCCCCAUGCCAGCCCCAAUCUCUUCUGGGAGCACAGCCGGGUGGGGCUCACGCCUCCAAAAUCCUGGCACUGACCUGUGGGAGGUCAUCUCAACCCUCUGGCCCUUUAUAUCUUCUUUAAUUUAUAAGAUUUCAUACGCCUCCCCCAAGCAGCCAUCGCCCCCACCAAGGGAUCCCAGUAUUUGGGGGACCCCCUUGUCCCUGGCCUUAUCUCCUCUGCUUUAUGGUAGAGCCAAGUCCUGAAAGCCAUACACGCACCUCUGCUUGCCCGGGGGGCACAGGGGGAACGGGGGGGCCCGGCAGGAUGAGGGUACAGGCUGGGGUCACCCCCCAGCACUCGGGGAGGUUGUGGCUGCAGCAGAGAUCCAUCGGGGGCUGGGGAGCGCGAUCCAGGGCAAUGGAACGGCUCGGGGAGGAGGUUCCACCCCGCCUGCUGCCCCCAGGCACUGCCAGCCCUGAGCGGGCUCCCAGCCCUGUGCCCCAUGGCCAGUAGCCCCCCACCCCC